UACGACAAAGGAAGAAAUUUCCCUGCGAAGAAUCAAAUCUGAUAGCUUUGAGAAAUUAUCAUCCGGAGUCCUGAUACCAUACAACUUAUCAUUGCGAGUAAUCUGUGUUUAAUUUGCUGUAAUAAUUAUUGUACAGUGGAAAGUUGAAGCAUAAAUUUUGGCGCAGGGAGAACAUUUGUUCGUGAAAACGGGAGGUGGAAAACAAUUGCAAAUAGCCAGGGCUUAAUGGAUUGAUUGCAGUUGCGGAUUUGAUAUGGCCGUGAUUUUAUAUGUGUAGCGUGCGUAAGCAGCAAAUGUUUGGAAAAUAUGGAUUGGUCUGUGGAUUCAUAAAUACAAGGGAAGCGGCGGCCGGAUUAUUUCUUUGUUAAGGACAUUUUAUUCCCAUUUUUUGGAUUGGUGGGAAAAUCGCCGUUCUCAAAUUGUCUGCCUGUAUACAAUUUAUUCGUGCCGAAAUGAGCUCAUCUGUUGUUUCUGAGGAUUUUGUGCCUGGGAGGAUGCUUUUGGUCCAUGUGGCCGAAAAUGGGCAAAGCAUUGGGGUUGAGUGCGACGGUGCGACCUCUGUGGAUGAUCUACAGCAGCGUUUGGCAUCUGUAACGGGAGUGAAUGUUAAUGAGCAGCUUCUGAUAUGUGGGGACAAGGGAUUGGAGCCUCAGAGAUCACUGGCUUCUUACAAGCUGCCCUGUGAUGGGCAUGAUGUUUUUCUUUACAACCGAACUCGACUUAUGGCUGACAGUCCUCCACCUCCUAAGGAAGUUAUUGAAUUGCCAGAGAUUCCUAUGGUUCCUACCCCAUCAUCUGCCCAAAGUCCCCAUCGCUUGGAUGAUGCAGCAGAUCCGGCCUCGAGAGCACUGGCCCAGUAUGAGAGGCAAUUCAAGUGCCAUUUUCAGAAGGGUCACCAUAUCUACAUUGCAAGUCAAGCGAGAUUUGAAUUGUCAAGGCGAUUGGUCCAGGAGCAACAAGUUCAGGGAAGGGCUUUUGAGACUGGAAGGGCUAAUAUGGAGCUCUCUUGCAAGAUGUUCAAUCAGUUAUAUAUGGACUUCAUGAAGCAAUUUGAUCACCAGCAGAGGUAUCACAUGGAUCUUGUGACAAAUUUUCAGAAGACCCUAAGCAGAUUGCAAACUUGCAAGCUUCAUCCAAAACUUCAAACACAAAGGUAUAAAUGCCUUUUAGACUUUGUACGACAAGAAGACAUAUCACGAAAGACUUUGGAGGCAUGCCAUUUGUCCCACAAGCAGUUCCAAGAAAAAGUGUCACAGCUCAAGCCGAUAUAUUCUGACCUACAGCGUAAGGUUCAAGAUCUGCUUCGUGCCCAACCUUCAAUUGAUGUGCGACGUGAAGAAAACAUGGUCAGACAACAUGAGCGACACUUUAAGGAGCAAGCAAGCAUAUUAGAUACUUUACGAAAAGAUGUAAAGACUGUAAAGAAGCACGUGGAUAAUUGCUUCACUAGCCAAUUAUCUGCUUCUUCACUCAGACCUCAUGAUGCAGUCUCUGCACUGGGUCCUAUGUAUGAUGCUCAUGAUAAGAACUACUUGCCAAGAAUGGAAGCAUGCAGCUAUGAAAUAAACAAACUGUUCGAGUUUUGCAAAGAUAAGAAACACGAGAUGAGUGUGUGGGUUCACACUCAUAUGCAAAGGGUGGCAUCUCUUCAGUCUAGUAUUCGUAAUAUACGAUUUGAGUUGUCAGCAUUUAAGGAAGCUAUGCGUCAUCAAGAUGAUAUAUUUGCUAAGCUGAAAUCUAUUCGCAAAAUUGGUCCUUCAUAUAGGGCUUGCCUUGCAGAAGUGGUUAGGAGAAAGGCUUCUAUGAAACUAUACAUGGGGCAAGCAGGCCAGCUAGCUGAAAAACUGGCUAGUAGGAGAGAAUCUGAGGUACAAAGGCGGAUGGAGUUUUUAAAGUUACAGAGUGAUUACAUCCCUCAGGAUGUCUUAGAAGCUCUGGGGUUAUUUGAUGUCCCUAGACAGUGUGUUGUUAAUAUUGAGCCAUCCGACACCAGCUUACUUGACAUUGAUGUUGCAGAUCUCGAGCGCUACGCUCCAGAAUCCUUAGUGGGAUUGCUGACCAAGGGCGAUUCAAAUGCACAAGGAAAAGGCUCAUUUGCCUCAUUUAGCAGCAGCUAUCAUUCUGGUAAUGAUGAGGAAAGUUAUGUAAAUACUGGUAAGCAAUAUGAAGCUGGGAUGAUGGAUGAUGAUUAUGAUGAUGAUUGUAUUCUUGGUACAACUGAAAUAGAGGUUGAAAAUGCAUGGUUGAAAGCCGAACUUGCUUCAGCUGUAGCAUUUAUCUCUUCUUUUGCGCCUGAUAUUUACUUUGAUGCAGUAGAUGAGAGUAGCAUAGAAGGGCUCUUACAGAAGGCAGCACAGGAAACAUCAAAAGCAUUGAAUUUAAAGGAUGAGUAUGUGAAACAUGUUGAGAAUGAUUUGAAGGUGAAGCAGCUGCAAUGUGUAAAAUAUGAAGAAAGAAUUCAAGAACUUGAGCAAAGGCUCUCAGAUCAGUUCAUACAUCUAAGUAAACUGACAGAGAGGAAAGAUGGUAUGGAAUGUGCUGUAUCCAGUGUCCCAGCAUCAAAAGCUGAUGACUGUAAGUCAGAAACGUCAGUGAUAAGUAGGGAUGAAAUGGCACAAAAUCCAUCAGUUUUACCUGAACCUAUGGAUGAGGGGUUUUGCUCCUCUGUUAAUAUGAGCUCUUCAAAAUAUGAGCAUCACUCAGGUGAGUUACGCGAGAAUGGUGAUGAAAAUAUGGCUGAUUUUCUUGGGACAAUGCUUCCAGAAGCAAUAUCUGCAGUUAAAACACCCUCGGGUAACUCUGCCUUGGAAUUUUCCAAAGAGGAGUUGCAGGCUGAUGGCAGAGAUAAAACUCAGAAGGUGGGAAGUGCAGCACAAUUGGGAGUGAUUUCAGAAAGUAAUGAUGCGAGUCAUGCUACAGAUCAAGCAUUUUCUGAAUUUAGGUUUGAGGGAGAAAGUAAUUCUCCAUCUGAACAGAAAGACCUUAUAGUGGAGUUGCAGAAUGCAUUGUCAGAGAAAACAAAGCAUUGUGCUGCAAUUGAAACAAAGUUGGACACAGUCCUGGAGGAUUUUGCCUCUGUCAGGAGGGAGUUAGAAGUCAGUUUAAAACUCUUAGACGAAUCUCAGAUGAAUUGUGCUCAUUUGGAAAAUCUCUUACAUGAAGCUAGAGAAGAAGCACAAACAAACUUAUGUGCAGCAGAUCGUAAAGCUGCAGAGUAUAAUUCACUUCGUGCAUCAAGUGUUAAGUUGCGGGCCUUGUUAGAAAGACUGCGGAGCUGUGUUGCUGCUACAGGUGGAGCUGGACCAGGAUUUGCAGAGUCCCUGCGUUCUUUGGCACUGUCACUUGGGAGUUCUACUGUCAGUGAAAGUGGAGAUGAUGGCUGUGCUGAAUUUCGAACUUGCAUCAGAGCUUUAGCAGAAAAGGUAGGGUUCCUUGCUCAACAGCGUGCAGAUCUUAUGGAAAGAUUAUCAAGGGCUGAAGCUUCACAGAAUCAUUUAUCAAGAGAGUUGGAGAGUAAAAUGGAGCUAGUCAAGAGUUUAUAUGCUAAGCGUACGAUGGAUAAGCAGGUGAGCAAGGAAAAGAUAUCUUUUACCCGCUUUGAAGUCCAUGAGCUUGCAGCAUUUGUACCCAAUUCAGCUGGACAUUAUGAAGCAAUCAACCGCAAUUGCAGGAAUUACUAUUUAUCAGAGGAAUCCAUUGCCCUUUUUAUCGAUAACAUUCCUAAUGGACGACACUAUAUUAUUGGACAGAUUGUGCACAUUCAAAAGAAUGUUGCCAGGCAUCCAGGAAAUGGCAGAGAUUUGGUAGCAUCUUCAGGCUCCAGUACCAGCAGCUUUAAGUCUCGAUACAAUCCUUACGGGCUUCCUAUUGGCACUGAGUACUUUGUAGUUACUGUGGCCAUGGUUCCCGAUCUCAUUCGUUCAGCACAUGCUUGAAAGUUCCCAGUAUUGCAAGGAAAUUAUGCACAUGCCUUUUAUUUUUGUACAGUUAUUGAAAUACCAUUUCUUAAUUUGUAUAGAUCAUCUUGUAUGAUUGUAUUAUAUCUGUAAUUAACAAUAUGAUUAAAGAAAUUAUCCAUUUUAUUCUUA